CUGCCAGAGGCCCCUCGGCUGGCAUCUGUUCGGCACAGGCGCCACCUCGCUCUGCUUGGGCUUCAGCGCGCGUGGCCAGCGAGGAGCGCCAGCUGUGAGCCCAAGAGGCUCGCCGGCCCCAGGAUGGCAGAGGCGGAACUGCACAAGGAGAGGCUGCAAGCCAUAGCAGAAAAAAGAAAGAGACAGACAGAAAUAGAAGGCAAACGACAGCAGCUUGAGGAGCAGGUACUCCUGCUGCAGCAUUCCAAGUCCAAAGUGCUUCGGGAAAAAUGGCUGCUGCAGGGUAUACCCGCUGGAACGGCCGAGGAGGAGGAAGCCCGGCGGCGACAGUCUGAGGAGGAUGAGUUCAGAGUCAAGCAACUGGAAGAUAACAUUCAAAGGCUGGAGCAGGAAAUACAAGCGCUCGAAAGUGAAGAGUCCCAGAUAUCUGCCAAAGAGCAAAUCAUCCUAGAGAAGCUAAAGGAGACAGAAAAAUCCUUCAAGGACUUUCAGAAGAGCUUGUCCACGGCGGAUGGAGCUGUGUACGCCAUGGAAAUUAAUGUGGAGAAAGACAAACAAACAGGAGAGACCAAGAUUCUCUCUGCAUCUACCAUUGGCCCAGAGGGGGUCCAUCAGAGAGGAGUCAAAGUCUAUGACGAUGGUACCAAAGUAGUGUAUGAGGUGCACUCGGGAGGCACCAUAGUAGAAAAUGGAGUGCACAAAUUAAGUGCAAAGGAUGUUGAAGAGCUCAUUCAGAAGGCGGGACAAUCAAGCUUCAAAGGAGGGCACCUGUCAGAGAGGACUGUGGUUGCUGAUGGAAGCCUUGGCCACCCUAAAGAACACAUGCUCUGCAAAGAAGCCAAGUUAGAAAUGGUGCAUAAGUCUAGGAAAGAUCAUGCUUCUGGGAACCCAGGGCAACACACCCAAGCCCCCAGCACAGAAGAGCCAGAGGCAAACUCAGAUCAGCCAGUCACCAUGAUCUUUAUGGGCUACCAAAAUAUUGAGGAUGAAGAGGAGACUAAAAAGGUGCUAGGCUAUGAUGAAACCAUCAAGGCUGAAUUGGUCCUCAUUGAUGAAGACGAUGAGAAGUCACUAAGAGAGAAGACAGUGACAGAUGUGUCCACCAUUGAUGGAAACGCAGCUGAGCUUGUGUCUGGGAGGCCGGUCUCGGAUACCACAGAACCCUCAUCCCCAGAAGGGAAGGAAGAGAGCCUGGCCACGGAGCCAGCCCCAGGAGUUGGGUGGCAGAGUGCACUUGUGCAGGGAGUGGAGGCAGCCUCGGGAGCUGCAGAAACCUCCGGCCCAGACAUGACUAUCAAGAAGCCUCCCCAGCUUUCUGAGGAUGAUAUCCAGUUAAAAAGUGAGAGAGACAACAGUAGCGCCAAUCUCCUGCUGGAGUCUGCUACCAGCUCUCUUCCUCCAGAUCACAAAAACAUGGAAAUUGAGGUGUCUGUUACAGAAUGUAGUAAAAGUGUUCCAGGAAUCGCCUCCAGUCCUCAUUCCAUGGACCUCUCUUCCCCUUUCUAUUCGCCUCCACACAAUGGCCUCCUCACCCAUCACCACGAAUCCCUGGAUAACGACGUGGCCAGAGAGAUCCGGUAUCUAGACGAGGUGCUGGAGGCCAACUGCUGUGACUCUGCUGUGGAUGGAACUUACAACGGAACAUCCUCCCCAGAGCCCAGUGCAGUGAUCCCGGAGGGCAGCAUAAGCCCACCCGCCCACACAGCCACCCAGCCGGAGCCCGCUGACGGAGUAGUAGGCAGGCAGACUCUGCCUCACGUCGAGCUCAGUAGAAGCCCCUCCGACGCCAUGGCAGAAGGGGAAAGGGCGAAUGGCCACUCCCCUGACCAGCUUGCAGAUGUGCUGGGGGACAGCCUGCAGGCACCCGUGAGCCCCAGCUCCUCCACCAGCUCCCGCUGUUCUUCCCGAGACGGGGAAUUGACACUCACCACCCUGAAGAAGGAAGCCAAGUUUGAGCUUCGUGCCUUUCAUGAGGACAAGAAGCCCUCCAAGCUCUUUGAGGAGGAUGAACGUGAGAGGGAACAAUACUGUGUCCGGAAGGUGAGGCCUUCAGAAGAGAUGCUGGAGCUGGAGAAGGAGAGGAGGGAGCUCAUCCGGAGCCAGGCAGUGAAGAAGAAUCCCGGAAUUGCGGCAAAGUGGUGGAAUCCUCCUCAGGAGAAAACCAUUGAGGAGCAGCUGGACGAGGAACAUCUGGAGUCGCACAAAAAGUACAAGGAGCGCAAGGAGAGAAGGGCGCAGCAGGAGCAGCUGCUGUUACAGCAGCAACUACAGCAGCAGCAGCAGCCGCAGCGCCCCCCAGCACAGCUCUGCACAGCCCCAGCUUCCUCCCACGAACGUCCCGUCAGCGUCAGUGGGACUGAAAAUGCAAAGGAGGACAUUGUCACAGAGCAGAUUGACUUCUCAGCAGCACGCAAACAGUUCCAGCUGAUGGAGAAUUCCAGGCAAGCGGUGGCCAAGGGCCAGAGUACACCUCGGCUGUUCUCUAUCAAGCCUUUCUACAGGCCUCUGGGGUCCAUCAACUCUGACAAGCCAGCCACCAUCCUAAGACCAGCUUCCAUGGUGGGACCUCCAGAAGACAGUGCGUCGGCAGCCAAGGGGCAGAAAGAGCCCUGUGUGCCAGGGACUCAGUCAGGUGGAGGAGGCCCAGGCACUGCCACACCUCAGGGAAAGGAAGGGCCUUACAGUGAGCCCUCCAAACGCGGGCCCUUAUCGAAACUGUGGGCAGAGGAUGGAGAGUUUACGAGCGCCCACGCUGUCCUCACUGUGGUCAAGGAUGAUGACCAUGGGAUUUUGGAUCAGUUUUCAAGAUCGGUCAAUGUCUCUUUGACCCAAGAGGAGCUUGACUCAGGUUUGGAUGAGUUGUCGGUGAGGUCCCAGGAUACCACUGUCCUGGAGACCCUGUCCAACGAUUUCAGCAUGGACAACAUCAGUGAUAGCGGUGCCUCCAAUGAGACAACCAAUGCCCUCCAGGAAAACUCGCUGGCUGAUUUCUCUCUGCCUCCGACUCCACAAACGGACAACCCCUCAGAGGGCCGAGAAGGGGUCUCGAAGUCAUUUAGUGAUCAUGGUUUCUAUUCCCCUUCCUCUACCCUAGGAGAUUCUCCGUCUGUGGAUGACUCCUUGGAAUAUCAGGCUGGUCUUCUGGUGCAGAAUGCCAUUCAACAAGCCAUAGCUGAGCAGGCAGAUAAGGCUGUGCCCCAAACUAGCGAGGAUGGAGCAGAACGGCGGGGACCAGAAGCAACUCUGGAGGAAGCUGAAACCAGCUCCAAGAAGCCUCAGAGCAUGUUUGAGCCACCUCAGGUGUCCUCUCCUGUUCAAGAAAAAAAGGAUGUAUUACCAAAGAAUCUACCUGCGGAGGACAGGGUGCUCAGGGAAAGGAGGCCCUCCCAGCUGCCGCCAGCUGUGCAGCCCAGCGGCCCAGUCAACAUGGAGGAGACCAGGCCUGAAGGAGGCUACUUCAGCAAGUACUCAGAGGCAGCUGAGCUGAGAAGCACAGCCUCCCUCCUGGCCACUCAAGAGUCUGACGUGAUUGUUGGCCCCUUCAAGCUGAGGUCAAGGAAGCAGCGGACUUUGUCCAUGAUCGAGGAAGAGAUUCGAGCUGCCCAGGAGAGGGAAGAAGAGCUAAAGCGGCAGAGACAAGUGCUGCAGAGCGCCCCAAGCCCGCGGACCAAGAAUGCUCCGUCGCUGCCCUCCAGAACCUCCUGCUACAAAACCGCCCCAGGGAAAAUAGAGAAAAUCAAACCUCCUCCAUCCCCCACAACUGAAGGCCCCAGAUCACAGCCUGACUUAGCCCCCGAAGAGGCUGCCGGAACCCAGCGGCCCAAGAAUCUGAUGCAGACCCUCCUGGAAGACUAUGAGACACACAAAUCUAAGAGGCGCGAGAGAAUGGAUGAUAGUAGUUACACCUCUAAGUUACUGUCUUGCAAGGUGACUUCCGAGGUCCUUGAGGCCACACGAGUAAACCGAAGAAAGAGCGCACUGGCCUUGCGCUGGGAGGCAGGGAUCUACGCCAACCAGGAGGAAGAAGACAAUGAAUAAGUUUCCUUUGGCCUAGGAAACUUCUGCGGUGCUUGGGAUACCAAGAAACCAGGAAAUUCUCUAAUCAAAGCAUUUUAAUGGACUAUUUAUUAAAGUGCAUACAAACUCAGCAAUCCUAAUGUAGACCAGAAGCUGCAGUACACAAUGCUGAAAAAUAAAGUGAAAAGAAUGUCCGCCCAUCAAACUCUGAGACCCAGGAGUUUUAAGAGAAAGGAUUUCUGUGGGACUCAAAGAUGCCUCUGGAUUUGGAUUAGUCGACAGUUGAUCCAUAAGAGCAAAGACAAUUCAAGCAAAUCAACACAAUCGCUGUAGGCAGAGCCGGGACCAGCCUUGGUGGCUGGUGGGGAAACACAGCAGUGAUCGAGCCAUUCAGCCAUUCCGAGAGCCACAGGCUGUGUAGUGUACACCACCUAGAGCAUUUCUCUGAGACGGCUUCCCAUUCCUUGCUCAUGAUAUCAGAGGUGUCGGUAGACUACAUUUUUUUUCCCAGCAGCCAUAAAAUCAGUGAUGUUUCCCUCCAUAGUUGUCCAAAAGAGACAGCUGUGAUUCAGUUUCUCUUACUUAUUUUUAAUUGGGAACAAUCAACGAUUGCAAUACACGAAACCCAUAUUUUAAAGACAAUAUUUCUUCACAUGGCAGAUGCAAUCUAUUCUGCUCUAGGAGGUUGAGAAAGAUGGGGGAAGAAAGCCAAACCAAAUGGAUUAUUUUAGCUUUAGGGUCUUGUCUGCUUAUACUAUUGACUGAUCUGCAGUUUAGGAGAACACAUUUUCACAAUUAUGUUUCUUCAUAUGAAAACUAUAUUUAGUGGGCAACAACUAUUUUUAUGAUGGGGUAGGGGUACAUAAACAUGGGUAAAGUCUACACAUUGAACAGCUUUGUUCAAGAUGGUAGGGGUAUUUUUAGAGUGGCAAUAAUUGAAAAAAGGGCAAGUGCUGCCUUAGAGAGGUAGGCGAUAAGAAAUACAAAGGUGUUCAUAACUAUUUUGUAUUAUAAAAUGGGCCUUAGAGGUAAUAGGGAGAAGGAUAGGUUGUUUUGAAUCAACCAGAAAGGACAUGUUAAAGUCUGGAAGGCAGAGAAAGAAAAAGGGAGGGAGGGGAAAGAGUGGGGAAAUAAGGAAGUAAGAGAGAUUAUUUUUGCUGAGCAACCAGUGUUUUUCAGGAUGAUAAAGAGAAUAUUACAGAAAUUUAAGUUCAGGCUUGGAAUCAGCUACAAAUCCUAAAGAUGGGGUGUGUUGGUGUACACCUUUGUGCUCUUCUGUAAAGAGUGUAUGUUCACAAGGGUGUGGGUGUGCAAGUUCGUGUGUGUGUGUGUGUGUGUGUGUGUGUGUGUGUGUGUGUGGUUAAAUUUCUGGAUUGAUGGUGGCACCUGGGUGUACAGUUAUUUCCUCCAAAGCUGUUUGCCAGCUUCAGGAGUGAGUGAGAAUUUCUUUUUUAUGAAAAGGGAUAUACAGGCUCCGAGCUGAUUCAGUAUUUGUAAUAUGAAAUUGCCCUAACGUGGUAUUUGCAUGAGUCCCAAUUGCAGUGUUAAGCAGUUUUGUAAUUUGACAUGUAGGAAUGUACCCCGUUUAUUCUCAUACUUUGUAUUCAUGCUUAGUAUGCUGUAGGAGACACUAGCUUUACUCUCUGUCAUUUAAAGCAAUAUGUUAAGGGCAUUCACUAACUGGGAGCCCUACAUUUCUGGAUGAGAAAAUGUUCAAUUUCAGGCCAUGAGAAAACAAAACAAAACAAAAACAACUAACCAGCCUUCAUUAUUUUUCCUGUUUUAAAACUGGUUUUUUAACAAAAGCAAUAAUUAAACCAGACCUCACUAAAAUUCAGAUUUGUUUUCAUCCUAUUAUGUCAUAAGCUCUAAUAUGUUAUUCUAAUAAGUAGUAAUUCCACAGAAUUUAUAUGUAGUGUUAUAAACAUUAUGUUUGUCUUUCUAUUAGACUAGUGUUAACUUUGGGGGGAAAAUUUAUUCACAGAGAAGUGGCGGGCACUCUAAGUACAAUGAUGGAAGAAGGACGUUUGUCUGAGGAUUUCCAGCUGGAGGUCCCAGGUCCAGGCUGAGGUCACGGUGAUGGCUGGUGUUCAAAGGGGGGAGACACGGUAAGAACAGAGAAGGCGCUGCGUAGGCCCAAGCACUGGGACGAGGAUGGCUGGAGAGCUGGAGAGUGUUUUGGGAUGCACAAAAAGUACAGUGUGCUUCCUGUUUUCUGGACAGACCCGUGGAUUGGCUGGAGACUGCAGACACGAUG